GCGGGGAGCGCACGCGCUCCACUCGCUCCAAACGGUUGGAGACGCUAAAUGAACACGAGCUAGAGGAUGAAGAGCAUUUCUUGAAUACGUUUUCUUUCCUGGCUAACGAUAGCACUUAUGCUGCACGUUUGUUUACUCCCGCUUCGGGGAAAGACUUUUUUAUUUGAGUUUAUUUAUUUGUUCGCUCCUGUCACACCAGGUAGACGUCAUCCUCAGCGGAGCCGCUCAGUGUUACUUACAUUUUCCCUCAGAAGACAUGCUGCUUUAGAAAAGGAAAAAACGUGCCUCGUUACCGAAUAACAACGCGACCUAGAACAUGAGACUGAAUGGGGAGUGAUCGUCUGAGAAGAUCCCUUAUCAACAAUAAACACCUUCGCGUAAACUUACCUCAAGUCGCCGUCUUUACGCCGUCGGUUAUUCUCAAGAUGAGUGAACGUUUGCACAGAACCGGCGUGGAUAUCUGCUAAACUUGGUGAAUAUGUGAGACAUAUGAGUAUGUGUAGUCGCAGGGCUCCACCUGGGAGACGAAGGUGGUCGCGUUUCUUCGCUUGACAGCUCAGAACGAAAAACGCUUUGUUUGUUCAGACUCCGCGAGUGGACGUCGCUGCCCAGGGUGCUGAAUUUCAUCAGGACCGGGUCAGAAAUAAAGGAGGGAAAGUGACGGAUCUGAGAGCCUCUCAAGCGUGCCGUGAAUACAUUUUGGCAUUUUGGAGGAGACAGGCAACUCAUGUGAUAUUUUUUCUUCUUUUUUUCUUCUGAAAACCAUUGUGAAAUCGGCAAUGAAAAGUAACCCGCGAGCCGCGACAUGAAAAUUGGAGAACAUGUGAAAUACGGACAGUUGAGUAACACUUCACCUUUGUAUUCAUUAUGCUAAUUCAGUGUCUUAUUUCGCCUGUCGUGAUGUGUGGAUAUCUUUGAUCAUCAUCCGUGCAUUUCAGAGGGCAGAGCGCACAAACAGUCGCAAAAAUGGGACAAUAAUUGAGACAGAUCGGGCGGUUUGUUGUUGUCUGUGCUUUGUGUGUAAGGAGUUCAACAGCCCUGUUUUUGAGACAUGGCAGCGGCGAUUGCCAGCGGUUUGAUCCGCCAGAAGAGACAGGCACGGGAGCAGCAUAUAGACCGACCAUCCACCAAUAGAAGGAGAAAAAGCCCUAAUAAGAAUAAAGGGCUUUGCAAUGGAAACCUGGUCGACAUCUUCUCCAAAGUGCGAAUCUUCGGCCUCAGGAAACGCAGACUACGACGACAAGAUCCCCAGCUCAAGGGUAUAGUGACCAGGUUAUAUUGCAGGCAGGGAUACUACUUGCAGAUGAACCCAGAUGGAUCUCUUGACCGGGACCAGGAUGACAGUAGUAAUUCUUCGUUGUUCAACCUCAUCCCUGUGGGUCUUCGGGUCGUUGCUAUUCAGUCUGUGAAGACGGGCUUGUACAUCGCUAUGAAUGGAGAAGGCCAUCUGUACACAUCAGUAGAAGAUGAGUCAUUGUGA